AUGGCGAUUCCCACACAACAACUCGCCACUCUCGUUGCCGUCUCCUUCCUCCUUCUACUACCCCACCCCUCGGCCGCGCAACCGAACCGCCUCAUCAAAGAAACCUGCAAGAAAACCCCCGACUUCGACCUCUGCGUAUCGUCCCUCUCCGCCGCCCCACGAGCCGCCAGAGCCACCACCGUCAGGGAACUGGCGCUCGCCAUGAUCCACGUGGUCGAGGCCAGGGCCACUACGACGUCGCUUUACAUCAAGCGGCUUGCCAAGACGGCGUCGUUUCGCGGUGAAGAAGAAGCCGCUCUCAAAGCUUGCGAGUUCUACUACGGGAUUAUCAUCGACUACGAUGUCCCCGGAGCCGUGACGGAAGUGAGAUACGCGAAUCCGAAGUUUGGGGUGGACUCGAUGGUGGAUUCGGCCAGGGAGGCGGAGUUGUGCGAGGAGGAGUUUCGUGGGGGGAAUAAGUCGCCGUUGACCGGACGGAAUAUGGCCGUCCGGCGACUCGCCAACGUGGCGGUGGCCAUCAUCAAAAGUAUUCAUUGA